AGGAGGCUGAUGCUGAUCUCCAGAGCAAAGUGGGAUGAUGGGGAUAUUGCUGGGCUGGAGCUGGCUCCUUCUGCCAGUUUGCCAGGCUCUGGUUGUCCCCAGGGAGGUCAGUGGCCACGCUGGGGAGAAGCUCUCCCUCCGCUGCUGGUACCCCCGGGGCUAUGAGGACUACAACAAGUACUGGUGCGAGGGGGCCAGUCGGCACUCCUGCCGCAAGGUGGUGGAGACGGCGGGCAGGGAUGUGCCCCAGCAGCAUGGCCGGGUCUCCAUCCAGGACAGCCACAUCUUCUGCGUGGUCCUGCUCACCGUGCAAAACCUCUCUGAGACAGAUGCUGGGAGUUACUGGUGCGGGGUGGAGAGGACAGGCAGCGACCUGAUGGAGCCAGUGACAGUGAGGGUGCUCCCAGCAGUAGCAGCUACCCCAGCAGCUCCUCUGGCCACCCUCACCCCCUGGAUCUCCAGCACCAUGAUGGAGCAUACCCCCGCAACAAAUGCCACCACCAUGGGCCCCGGGGGGCCAGUCCUGAACAUGGUCCUGCUCUCCCUUAUGGUGGUCCUGUUCUCCCUCCUGGCUCUUGCUGGCUCCACCAGGCUCCUCUGCAUCCUGUGCAGGAGAUGCAGGAGGAGGGAAGGUAAUGGUGCCCUUGUGUGCCCUGUCCCAGGCACACCCCGGUGCCCAUCCCAGGACAUGGGGGACAAACCCACCCUGGGCACGGGGCUGCAGGGAGCUCCCCACUCCCAGCAACACAGAAAACCUGCCCUUGAGUCUGUUCUUUCUGCCACCCAAGUCUGUGCUGCCCCCCGCAAACCAGGCAUUGCCACAGAGCUGGAUGACAGCCCCGUCUACGACAACUUGCUGAACUUGGCAGAGGUGAGAGCCCCUGGUGCGGGCAGUGUGGGCAGCACAGGCAGGGCCCAUGCAGUGUGGUUGCUCACCCUGGGCAGCCCCCACACUGCCCAGCUGUGCCCCAGGGCUGUGGGGACACGCUGUCCCCUGGCCAGGGUGGCCACAGUGACACAGAACCAAACCUCAAGCUGGAGAACACCAGCAUCCUCACAAACACCCUGUGUCAGCAGGAGGUGACGGAGAUGCCCAGCCAACAUUCUCCAGGAGAAGAGGUUUACUCCUAGCAAAGCAUCCUUCAUGGGCAGACGGUCCCUGCUGGGUCACCCCCAGGGAUGUCCUUGUGAUCACCCCUGGGGAUGUCAUCGCUGUGGCAGCAGAGGCGAAGGAGCAGGAAGUGGCUGCUGCUGUUCCAUCACCAACCAACCCCUCCCUGAUUCCUGCACAGGCUGAGGAGCGGGUUGUUUGCCCAGCUCAGCAGCAAACAGAUUGCUUUGGGUUCAC